AUGCCUUCAGAAGUUUUACUCAAGAUCUUUUCUUACCUGGAUGAUGUUAACGUGUUGUGUUGUUGUUGUUUGCCGUCGAGUCGUAGAUUCUACCAUGGAGCUGAUUACUAUUUUAUUUGGGUCAGAAUCUACUCCACUGCCUUUCCGCCUAAGCGAUCGACCUGGAACUUGAAAGCGGAGGAGAAGACAGCCAUGCCUGUGACCCGCCUGAUAAUGGAGGAGAAAGCAGCCGGAUACUGGAAGAGAGAGUACAUUGCAAAGCAGGUCGCCUCUGUGAAAGCCGUGGUGGCCCAGCUGCUGCGGCCUGUGAACCCGUACACCGGCCUUCCAGUGAAGAUCAAGGAGGCACUCAGAAUAUCUGGUUUAGGUUGGGUGAUCAUACUGAGAGACAAAAGUGGAAAAGAACACGUCACGGAGUUUGUUGACCUUUCCAUAAAUGACACAUCGGUCACUGUUGUGUGGUAUGGCAAAAACUGGCCACGUCUGGCCACUUUGUCAACCUUAGAUUUAUGUGGCGUGACACCAGUUUUUAUGGACCGGUAUAAACCCCCCUUCAAAGAUGGACCUCGGUGGCGCUCUUUAAUCUCCAAGUACAGUCUGAGUGACCUGACCGAGACCACGCCAAUGGGCUGUGACGGGCUCAUCCGCGUCUUCUGCCUGAGCCCCGGUCUCCUGGUGGGACUCUGGAAGAGGGAGGAAGAGUUGGCCCUGGUCAUGGCAAAUCUUCAUUUCCAUCAGCUUAUGGAGAGGAGCACCUUAGGAUCGGCCACUGUCCCAUAUGAGCUGCCUCCUCACAGCCCCUUUCUGGAUGAUGCCCCAGAGUACGGCUUACACGGCUACCAACUCCAUGUCGAUUUGCACAGCGGAGGAGUCUUCUGCCUAUGUGGCACGUUUCGCAAUCUCUUUUCCAGGAAAGGAUACAUUGAGAAUGGAUACGUGAAGUUCACUGUGAUAAACUUUGAAAACAACACGCAGCACGUUCCUCUUAUUGGAAAAGUUGGCCUUUCUUGGAAAACAAAUGUGUUCGAGGGCUGUAUCAAGAGCUGUUCUAUAAUGGACGUGACGCUCCUGGAUGAUUCUGGAAAGCCCUUCUGGUGCUUCAGCUCACCGGUUUGCAUGCGACCCUCUACCAGCCCCUGUGACACUUGUAAUUUCUUGGGGCUCAGAUACUGCAUCGACUACGUGGACUCGGAAGGCAGACUGCAUGUGGACUUGGUGUGGAUCAAAGAGACUGAGGAGUACUUCGUCGUCAGCCUGGCCCUGUACCUCAGCGUGCUGAAAAUCAACCGCUGGUUCGGGACCGACUACUGA